CAACAUUUUAAAAGUCUCAUUACAUCAAGGUCUUUAAUCAUGAUUCAGCAGUCGUAAAAUGUUGUAAAUAAUACAAGCUUGGUAAUAAUCCUCCGAUCUAUUCUACUGCAAUGAAGACUCUUAGAAGAACACACGACGUCUUCGAAACCGAGAAAAACAUAGUUGAGGAACCAGAAAUCAAAAAUUUAAUGUUGGAUCUUGAAGACUGGUUCAGUCUUAUAGUAAAAUCUGAGAAUAUACUGAGUUGGAAAAAUCCUCGAUCAACAUUGCUUGUGAUAUUUGCAAUCACUAUUUUGUUUCUGUUGGUUCACGUAUACGAACCACCGGUUCUGUUUGUUAUCGGUUGUUCAGGAUUGCUUUUAAGCUUAAUAGACUACUUCGGACCCUUAGUUUUGUCUAGAGUGUUCAAUAGGCCUCCAAGUUACGAGGACCACUGGUGUUAUUGGAAUUUUUGUAGACGUCUUGUCCACAUGCGUCAUGUACUGACCAAGUUUUUUGUUCUUGUGCAUAAAGUUCGAUUUAGAAACGCGACUCUACAUUUUCUAACUAGUUCAUCUGUUUUGUGCAUAGUUGGAUUUGUUGGACUACAUAUUAGUGAUUUGUGUCUGGUUUAUCUCCUAAUACUCGUUUGCUUUAUCACACCAAAUCUGCAUCCUAAAGGAAUACUAAAGCAUGCCUAAAGGCUUCUGUUUGCACUUAACGUUUAGUUAAGUGGUUAUUUACUAACCAGUCAGACACACCAUAAGCUCACUUAAUUGUUAACAAAAAACCAGAUCAUCUUGAUAAGUACAUUCACAAAACUCAACUAAAGUAUCACAACAUGUAUUGGUAGUAACGAAAUCCACUCAUCAUACAUGAUAAUUAAAUUGCCUUGUUUCUCGAAAUAAAAACAUAUCGUAAAUACUUAUGUGAUAAAAAUUAGUCUAUCUAGAUGCACACUUAAGUAUUGUUUUCUACUCAUAUAGUGAGCAUGAUUUGUGAAUAAAGAUAGUAAAUUAUUACCGAUUAGUAAAGAUGUGAUUAAUGCAUACACGACGUGAGUACACAACCAUUAUGAGCAGUGCGCUUUUUUCCGCCAAUGAACAAUUUAUACAAUACUUUGUGUCAGUAGUGCUUAAUCAUCCCCCGAAUGCCCUGUUACGGCUGAGGGUGGGGAGAGCCAGCUAUCCCUCUCGAACUGCUCUCACAUGGUCACGGGUAUACAGCCACUACCAGGAAAUUCCUACUCACUACCUUCUCGCGGCACCGAAAAGCGAAUGUCAGGCGCCUUAAAUUGGUCAGUGGACACAGAAAGUCCACCUAGGGGAGUUGGAAGACCCUGAUUCCGAACCAAUGGUGCACAUGGACCCCAGUAUCCUGAGGGAACAAAUGGCGUAUGAACCAGUAGUUGGUCGCCGGCUACCAUGGGACUGCAUCUACUGACGUCGCUUCAUUGCCUUGUGGAUCAGACGUUUGGGUCGAAGUCUCCGGGUGUGGUGCCCUAGGAAAACCACCUGCUCUGGUUUGGGCACUCGGGCAGUAUCAUGGCCCAUACACAAAUCAAGUGACUUGUGUGGCUCAUAGUAUUCUGUGCCCCUUUGUACCAACAUUAAUGUGUUCGAAGAAUAAAUAACGUCACAUAAUUGACUAAGUGUAGCUUUAUUUAUGUAUGUGACCUUGAGAGGCACUCGUAUGAGGUCUAGUAAUGCUACCCAACCAACGAAACAUGCAACAUCUGCUAGUUAAAAGUGCUUUCAACACUAAACCAUUGCAUCUAUAUGACAAUUAUGCUAAUUAGUAAUACACCCUCACUUAUGACUUGUUGAACAGUAAUGUUUAGUUGUGCACACUUGUUCACCACACAUAAUUAUGAUCUUCAUAGAGUCGUAACUGUAAAAGUGACAAAUCCUUUGUAAGAUCCUAUAAUGAUCUCCGAGUAUUAGUUUGGACAUUCCUAUUCAUGACACAUUCUUAGUGGUCGGUUGUGAAGAGAUUCUAGCAGCACUUUUCCUAAAGUACGUUCUAACGAUGCUGUCUGAAAAGAUCUUUCCUUUAGAAAUGGCAUGUACCUGCCCUUGCAGAAAUGGAUUUUAUUGUAUUAAGAGAAACGGGCCGAAUAAAGCUCAUUAGCUAAUUCAUUUCGAUCAAGCGCCAUUGAAUAUGAAAGGCACUCAACACACCUACGAUCAUAUGAAAAUAGCCAGCGACAAUAAGCCAACAAGUGACUGGGUCAAUACGAGGCUUGAGAAGUGUGAAUAAAGUACCCAAUCCAUAAACUAGAACAGCUUAAGUAUGCAGCAGUGUAUUUAUGAGCGGUAAUGAAUUGAUCAUGUUAUGUGUGUCCACAAUCUGGAACAUACGUUCAGAGAUCAUGUUCUUCAAACGACGAUUUUGCAGACAAGAACUUUAUUUGCGCAAAUUGUAAGAAUUUAUGGAAACUGUGACAAAUCAAAUUACAAGACCAGCCAUGUUUAACUAUCCCCACAAGCCAUGACCUCUUUUGGAAAAAUAUUCUUUGUUAUGUUUUCGUAAUUUAGAGAAGAUAAUGCUCUUUUAGAACGUGUUUUCAAAAGAGCCACUGUAAAGACAUUUGAACUAAGGAGUAAAUUACAAACUGUAAUUUAGAAAGGUGACGUCGAUACGAUCAUGAUGUAUCAUAUCGCCCAUAGUUCUCUACGCUUGAUACUUCUCAAUAAUAAAUCAAACUCAGAAGGACGCCCACCCAAAUGAGAGCACGAGAAAGCAAGUAGUAAAUUCGGUGAGAAUGUUUUCGCGGUUCGAAUCAAAACGUUUUAGUACAUUUGACCGAAAGCCACAGUAGUGCUAUCUUCAACUGAACCUUUUAAAAGAAGGCUCAGUGAUUACUUCGGAGUACAUAAUUAUCACCGAUUGACCAACUUCUCUUCCCAGGGUAAGUUGUGAUGUGGAGCAUGUCUGGUUAGUCAUAGACCCAACUUGAUGUCGGCUAAUCAAACUGGCCGAAAGUGAAAAUAUAUUUGUUUGUGGAUAAUCUUUCCUAUGAUUCCUAAUAUCACGGAUGUCACGUUAAUGGGCAUAUGUUUAACAAUAUCAUUACGUGAUCUUCAUUUGAAUCUAUGGUUGUGGAGCGAUGUUUUCCACACUGACAGGUAGGCUACAUAAUCCAUAGAGAGAUUGGACUGAACUUGCUUUAAGGUAUAGAACGUGAGCAUUAUGGGAGGAACAAGAAAAUACGCUUAUUACAUAACACAACAAAUAUAAUCCACUUCACUAUGACGAAUCACUCGUACGUCUCAAAACAUACACUUCGCGUGAACUCUUAAAAUGGAAACGCUUUCUCACAUGCUUUAGAUAUUUUUUAACCAGUUCAGUUUUAGGAUGUAUUACAUUGAUAUCAUCAUAUUAACAUAUAUCGGGUGCAUUUUACUCUUGGAAAGCAGUUUUGAGGGUUACUUAUCAGUUAACGCAACACUAUUGUCGACAUACUUUACUAAAUAUUCUGUGUAAACCCUUAAAUGUUGAUAUUAAAAUGAAUUAGUCUCCUGAUCAUACCACGUAUCGGUCGCAGCUAGAUCACAAUAAGACUUCAAUCUUUUAUUUUUUUGUGGGGUAUAUAUGCUUGUGAUUAACUCUCAGUUACUUGUUUGCUUACAUGAUGGCGACUUUUUAUCCAUCAUUAUCAUUCUUGUCAUCAUCAGCCGGCCUGAUUAUGAAAGAUAGAAAUGUUUUCAUGAAUCUGUAUAAGAAUUUCGAUCCAGUUAAAUUUAUCUUAUAAAUGAUUUAAAAACUUUCGGACGAUUGUGAAAGGUAGAAGAACUUUCCUUUUUACAGGUCAUUGUUUGGAUCCUCUGGUAUCCCAUAACUAUUCUUCGAUCUUUUGCAUCAAGAUUCCGGCCGCGAAUACAGAAGCUUUUUACCCGGACCCUGCGUGUAUCAAAUAAAAACACUGAGAAAGACCAGUGACACUAUUUUCUUAUUUAGUAUUAAACACAUUUCUGCUUUUACUUUAAAUAUUGUCCAACAUAUCAGUAUAUAAUUUCAAUCAAUGUUACUGGUUACAUAAACUAAUUUGUGCAUUGUCUUAAA